CGCACUGUCUCCGGCACGUUAGUCCUAUCAGCGGAGAUUUGACACUUGACCCUUGACGCUGGCCUAAGUGUCGGCGGGUAAAUCGCGAGCGUUCCGCGGGAUCGGCAGUCCCGCGUCGAUCAUCGAGCGCUUAAUUACACUGGUGCCGAAUUCCGUCGUCUAGCAGCCGAUGAUCACGUGCGUCCGCAUCAUGCACGAUCUCAUCCCCCCGCAUUAAUGCAAAAUUCGCGAUAUUCCCCCGACGACGUCGCGUCCGACUUUCGAGACGUAGAAGGUGAACGAUAAGCGCGCCUCUUCUUUCUCCUAUCCUUCCUUUUUUUGUGUCUCGUCGCGAUACGGAAUUUUUUUUUCCCCGACUGUUUUGUCGAGAUGAUGUGUGCCAGCGUACGCGAUGAUCCCAGUUGAGAAAACGGAUUAAGGCCACGCACGUGAAGAACGCACUCGCAAUUGCCGCGGAUAUUCGCACCAAGCAUGAGACGACGCGGUUGAGGAUUAUCCGCGGCAGCGAGAUAAUCGGCGAAUGGAAGUUGACAUUUUAACGAAGAAGCUUCGAUGCAGUUAACAAGAUUUUAAGUCACAAGGACAGUACCAGAUUUCUUUAGCGCCGAAAUCUGUCGAAAGCUGACCGACCCCCCCCCCCUGAAGCGGCGACACGAGUUGAUUAAUCUUGCUUUGGCAAUUCGAUCAUCAGAAUUAUUAAUCGCACAAAUUGCAGUCUACGAUUGAAAAUCUAGUGUUAAGGAGAACAUCAAGAAUAAAUUGGAGCUCCAUCGAAGCUGCGAGAUUGCAUCGAUUUCAGAUAAUUGAUAAUUUAAUCUGCAACGACAUGGGAAACGUAAUACAAUUAGGCGACACCGAUGACGGGGAGAGCCUCAAGUGCAACGACACGGUUCACGCGGGCCUGCCAAUCGAGUUACGCUUCAACGGCAGCCACUUGGUGACGAUAAUCACUUACAGCAUCCUGAUGGUGAUAUCGGCCAUCGGAAAUAUUUCCGUGCUAACCAUAAUAAAGAAACGCAAGUCCAAGUCCAGGAUACAGAAUCUCGUAAUGCACUUGUCGAUCGCUGACCUCUUUGUGACGUUCCUGAUGAUGCCGUUCGAAAUCGGAUGGGCGAGCACGGUAUCCUGGGAAGCAGGGGAUGCGAUGUGUCGCAUAAUGGCUUUUUUCAGGACGUUCGGCCUGUAUCUUUCGUCCUUCGUGAUAGUCUGCAUAAGCAUAGACAGAUAUUACGCCGUAAUGCGACCCCUCCAGAUACUAGACGUUUACCGGAGAGGGAAGAUAUUGCUGAUGCUCGCGUGGAUUGGCUCCGUACUUUGUUCCUUGCCACAGAUGUUGGUGUUCCAUCUCGAGACGCAUCCGAAUUUCACCUGUUAUACCCAAUGUGUAACGUUCAAUGUCUUCCCGUCGUACGCGCAUGAAAUUUCAUACAGUUUGUUCGUCAUGCUAGCGAUGUAUUGGUUUCCCCUGAUUGUAAUAUUCUAUACUUAUACCAGUAUUUUCAUGGAGAUCUGCCGUAGGUCUGAGGAAAGCGAAGACAGAAUACGUCGUUCCUCGAGCGGUUUUCUAAGCCGUGCGCGAGUACGCACUUUAAAAAUGACGAUAACCAUUAUCGCCGUCUUCAUUAUCUGCUGGAGUCCUUACUACGUGAUGAGCGUUUGGUACUGGAUCGAUCGAUCGUCGGCCCUCAAAGUCGACCCACGCAUUCAGAGAGCUCUUUUCUUCUUCGCGUGCACCAACUCCAGCAUGAAUCCCAUCAUCUAUGGCAUCUUCAAUAUACGCCAGAGGAACAGAAUGCGCGAUGAGAUUAAGCUACAGCGAAAUGGAUGCAUCUGUGAUCGAUCAAGUCGCGCCCGAUGGGAAUGCAGAUCCUCGGACGGAGUUUCGCGAUGAAGACGAAAAAAGAAGGGAGAUUUUCCUGGAUGAACCGUGUAUUCGUUCAUCUUUAGAUGUAUUUAUUUUGACGUUAGAUAAGAACAUUUGAAAUAAGAAGACUCUCUAGACUAAGUUAUUUUAUACGUAUUUGUUACGACAUAAGCAAACGUUGCAAAUGCAACCGCGAACGUGCUUCGUCGGAUAUGUGUUCUUUUCUUUUCUUUUUUCUAUUUUUACAUAUAUAUAUACACUUUCGCGACACAAGGUUGUGCAAACAAGUUACGUAAGCUACAUAUACACCGUUUAUGUUCCGUAUAUUUUUAUAAGGCAGCAAAAUAUGUCGAACGAAAUGUAUGUGUUUGCAUUUUGUGCAAUUCUGUUUUGUUACUUAAAAACUUCGAAAGAAUAAGCACGCGUAGUCAAUUUAUUGUUUUUCUGUAAUAGUUUCUAUAAAUAAAAAAUAAAAUUAUUGUAAUUUAUGCUUACAGGCCA